AUGGAGUGGAAGGAGACGAUGUAUGGGGCUGACUCUGGCAUCCAGUCUGGAGCCAACACAAUCAGGGAUGAUGACGGUGAAAUCAUCAAGCACUUCACGAUGACCACCACCACCACCACCACGGGUGACAUGCAAGGUGAGUCGACAGAAAGACCUCAAUCAGGUCAUGUGCAGGAACUUUCUGGUAUUUGCCUGGAUAGUUCAGGGCCUGGGGCUGGUUCAGCUCAGUCCCUCCAAAUACUGAGGCCAAGUAAAAAUUAUUUAGGGUCAAACACACCAUAACACUGAGAUAGACACCCCCCCCGAGAGAUGAAUGUUGCCGACCGCUUGCUUCUUUAGUUUUACCAACUUUAGUAAUGACCGCAUGAUAGCAAUACAGAGAGCCACAUGCUCAACCAAAAUGCCACUCUAUAGCCACAAAUAAUGCUCAGAACAACACCUAACUUCAUCAACAGUACAUAUGGGUCCCAGCCAUAGUACUAGCCACCAAACAUCUUUUUAUCUUUGCCUAAUUUCUUUAGCAAAGAGACUAAACACAACUCACCUACAGUCUUCCAGCAGCCGCUUGUUUGUAGCGGGACCUCAGGCCAGUCCAUUACGGACUGCUGUGGGGUGACACAGCUCAAGGAAGAACAUUUAUGAUCAUUACUCAAUGGAAAUGCAAUCAGACCAAGACGCUAAGGCAGAAAAACUACCGCGUCUGCAGUGCAAAAUAAUUAAUAUGGUGAUUAUUACUUCAAGGAACUGACAAAGAAAUGAUCAUAAAUGUUCUUCCUUGAGCUGCGUCACCCCGCUGUAAACCGUAAUGGAUUAGGCAAAGCUAAAAAGAUGUUUGGUGGCUGGGACCCUAUAUGUACUGUUGAUGAAGUUAGGUGCUGUUCUGAGCAUUAUUUGUGGCUAUAGAGUGGCGUUUUGGUUGAGGUUUGUUUAUGGCUCCUCAGACGACUGUGUAUUGCUAUCCUGCAGUCGUGACUAAAGUUGGUAUAACUAGAGAAGCAAGCGGUCAGCACUAUUCAUCGCUUGAGGGGCUGUCUAACUCGUUGUUAUGGUGUGUUUGACCCUAAAUUAGUUUAUGCUGGAAUAUCUCUUUAAGCUUCCAAAACAAAAGAAUAAUACCAGUAAUAAUAAUAAAAUGUGUCCCACAAUUUCAUCAUCAUCAUCAUUACCAUCUCUCUUACCAACAGACUCUCUGACCAGAGCCGCAAGGGUUCGUGCAUCCAUGUUCCCAGAUCCACUGGGCGGGACCGACACCCUGUCCAUUGAGACAGACCCGUCCAAGAUGACCAACCUCCAGAAGCUGGCAGAGCCAUCCCAGCAGCUCAAGGACGCCAUCAUCCAUCUGAUCAACUACCAGGAUGAUGCUGAGCUAGCCACCCGCGCCAUACCUGAGCUCACCAAGCUGCUCAACGACGAAGACCCGGUGAGGAUCGCAGGAUCACUCAGACAAAAAUAGUCUAAAACUGUCACAGGAUAAAAGUAGCUGCCGCUGUUUCUGAAACUUAUUUUCCCUCAGGAGAAAGUGACCGUCUAUCUCCCCCGUCAUUUCUCGUCAGGUGGUGGUUAGCAAGGCCGCGCAGAUCGUCAACCAGCUCACACGCAAAGACGCUUCUCGGCGUGUGAUGAUGCAGUCCCCACAGAUGGUGUCAGCAGUGGUGCGGGCGAUGCAGAAUACAAGUGACAUGGAGACAGCCCGGGCUACAGCUAGCAUCCUGCACAACCUGUCCCACCAGAGAGAGGGUUUGCUCGCCAUCUUCAAAUCUGGAGGGAUCCCUGCUCUGGUCCGCAUGCUCAGGUACUCCAGGAUGAAAUGAGACAAAUGUCAGCCUUAAAUUAAGAUGAUUGUAGAAAAGGAUCCAAACAGAAAGUAAAGACCACGACACCAUAACUCGCAUUUCUUUACGUCUGACACAUAACAAACACGCGUCUCUCCCUCAGCUCUCCCAUGGAGUCCGUGCUCUUCUACGCCAUCACCACACUCCACAACCUACUGCUGCAUCAGGAAGGAGCCAAGAUGGCGGUGCGUUUGGCUGACGGCCUGCAGAAAAUGGUUCCUCUGCUGAACAAGAGCAACCACAAGUUCCUGGCCAUCACUACGGACUGUUUGCAGCUGCUGUCCUACGGCAACCAGGAGAGCAAGGUGUGUGUGUUUGUGUGUGUGUGUGUCAGGGCACAAAACAAAAUGGCUGUUGCACCUCAUACCAGUGAGGUGUUGUAAUCCGACACUGUCGAGCUUGUGUGUGCAUGUGUUUUGUUUUGGGUGUGGCAUGUGAACAGAGUCCUCAGAAGAUGGCACAGUGAGGAUUUAGGUGUGGUUAUAAGUAGUAAAAUAGGAGAUGAUUAAGUGUUAAUUUGCCUCGACAGGUCAAAGUCUCUGACCGGAGGAUCCUGAGCGUUUCAGGACACUCAGCAUUUUCUGUGUCUAACUCCGCCUCUCUGUCUUUGUUUCUCACACAGCUCAUCAUCCUGGCCAACAGGGGUCCUGAGGGUCUGGUUCACAUCAUGAGAAACUACGACUAUGAAAAGCUGCUGUGGACAACAAGCCGUGUGCUCAAAGUCCUCUCUGUGUGCCCCAGCAACAAGCCCGCCAUUGUUGAGGCUGGUAUGUAAUGUGUGUUUUUUGGUGUGUGUGCGCACCUGUGCGUCUUUGUAAGGCAGUCAUACAGGUGGAUCAACUUUUUAAUACCUGAACUGUCAAUGGCUUUAGUUCAGCUACAUGACAGUACAACAUAUUAAAUAAUGUUGAGGGCUGAAUGAUCUAACCGCUCUGUCCCUGCAGGUGGGAUGCAGGCUCUGGGAAAACACCUGACAGGCUCCAGCCAGCGUCUCCAGCAGAACUGUCUGUGGACACUCAGAAACCUGUCUGAUGCUGCUACCAAACAGGUCCGUGUCCUAGCCUUUCCCCGUCUUUUUGUUUUUACUUCCCGUCGUCUUUAGAAGUCUUUAAUAUCUGUCUUCCAAUCGUUUUCAGGAGGGUAUGGACAGUCUCCUGCAGACGCUGGUCGGCCUCCUCAGCUCAGACGACCUCAACAUGCUUACUUGUUCUACCGGCAUCCUGUCCAACCUCACAUGCAACAAUGCUCACAACAAAUCCCUGGUUACCAUGAACAACGGCGUGGAGUCUCUGAUCCACGCCAUACUGCGUGCAGGUGAGAAGGAGGAUGUGACCGAGCCUGCCGUUUGUGCUCUGCGCCACCUGACCUCCCGCCACCAACAGGCCGAGCUGGCACAGAACGCUGUGAGACAACACUACGGCAUCCCCGCCAUCGUCAAGCUGCUCAACCAACCCUACUACUGGCCCGUCAUCAAGGUAGAGAGGAGGGGAGGGUCACCCCAAACAGACAUUUUCCAUACCACAUGACAUCUGACUGAUCAAAAUUUACAGAAAUAGUUUUUCUAGUGAGAUGAGAGUUAACAGAAAGUAAAAAAAAGUUAAAGAUUCUCCAAAACCACUUUAGGAUAACUUCAUAAGAGAUAUUUGGUGAUUAAUGGGCUCGGUGAAAAAGACAAAUCUGUGGGCAAAGGAGAGAAAAUGACAGAUGGACUGAGGGGAUGUCAGGUUGGGCUGCAGGCCAGAGUCUCAAUCAGCCUGAGAAAGCAUGACAGCAGGAGCAGUAUGUUUGACCAGACUGGACACCGAGGAGAAGAAUAAUCAAUUCAUCCUCAGUCUGAUCCAGCAUCUUAGCACAUAUAUGCGAUCUUGUUUUGACACUCUCCAAAAUGAGUGACUAAAUUGCUUGUAUCUCAUCCUAUUAGGACGACUGGAACUCUUCGUACUCACGUCUUGAAAAACCGACAGAGUUUGCACAAGUUACAGCCUCUUCACCAGAACACAUCGCUCAUAUUUUAGCUUCCCUUCAUGGGCUCCUGAUAAAUUUCGGAAAUGAUUUUAAAGUUUUAUUGUCAAUUUUUAAAGCAGGCUCUGGUCUGUUUUUGUUUUUAGUAGUUUUCAGACUUCUUCUUGUAAAGCAGUCUCUGUAUUUACUUCAUUUCCUCUCAUAAAUCUUUUGGUGUAUUUAUUCGUUUUUAAUAUAAAGUAAACAGUAUUUUUUUAAUGCUGAGUCUUUAUAUUCCUUGAGUUUCUCUUUGUUUUCCUUCAUUUAUUUUGUAAAACUGUUUUAAGAAGCACUCUAUCAUUCAUUCGUUUAUUAUUCUGUGGAGAAGCUUAAAGUUGUCUCUAUUUAUUUUUUGUUGGCCAGUCCAAGAGGCACUGUCUUUAAAGUUUCCUUUCCUCUCCUCUUCCCCUAAAGGCUGUAAACGGCUUGAUCCGCAACCUGGCGCUGUGCCCCGAGAACCAGGCCCCGCUGAGAGAUGCUGGGGCGAUCCCCCGCCUGGUUAACCUGCUUCUUAAAGCCCACCAAGACGCCCAGAAAUCAUCCGCCCAGCAGACUUACCAGGUACAUGAGGAGCUCGUCUGAAAGGAUGCUUGUGAUCGUUGGCAAAACAACGUGUGUUUUGAGGAUCGGGAAGGGAAAGGGAGUUGUGAAUUAUUGAGUAUUUUCUGUAUGCUUGGGUAACAACUGUUCUUGUCAUGCUGCUCCUCAGGAUGGAGUGAGGAUGGAGGAGAUUGUGGAGGGCAGCACAGGAGCUCUGCACAUCCUGGCUAGAGACCCCGUCAACAGAGCAGAGAUUGCUAACCUGCAGACCAUCCCUCUAUUUGUUCAGGUAACAUGAAUCUUCAGCUCACUCUCUCCUCUCGAUCACCGACUUCUCUUCGUUCGUUUCGUUUCACUCACUUCCUCUCCUCCCUCUCCUCUUCAGCUUCUUUACUCUCCAGUGGAUAACGUGAAGCGCGUGGCGGCCGGCGUCCUGUGUGAGCUGGCUCUGGACAAACCGUCAGCAGAGUUGAUUGAUGCAGAGGGAGCCUCAUCUCCGUUGAUGGACCUGCUCCACUCCAACAACGAGGGCAUCGGUAAGACGCUCAGAUAAUGUGCUGACCAGAGCUGACUGUGAUGCAGCAUUUAGUCGGAGGUGGAAAGAAACAGUUUACACAAGUGCGGUACUUCCUGUAAGUGCAGAUUUCUGUCCAUACCCUAUGUUUAAAGAAAACAUUUGAAGAAUUAGGAUUGAGUCUGCAAGUUUACCCAAGUAAUUCAGGUCAUUGACUUCAUGAAAUAUUCAAAAACUUAGAACAAGUUCCAAGUAAAUAAUUAAACAUGAGAUCACUUUACACUCAAAGCCAGGCCUGUGUUUGGGUUUGUGUCAGAGCGACGCUGAUGCUAAAUUUAAAACAGAGAGUUUGGGGUGAGUUCAAGUCGAAUGUCUGAGGUAUUUAUUGAUAUUUUCUUUCAGUUUUACACCAUCAUGAAACAUUUCUCUGCUAUUAUCGAAUUCAGUCUCAUGAGUAGAGGGGGAAUGUUUUUAUUUUAGGGGCUCUCCAUUACUAAACUGAACCUACAGCAAUGAGAAGAGUAGCUGUUAUCUCAUCUAUCAAUUCAUCUAAGUUGCACUGUAGCUCGAUUCCUGUCAGAAAAAAAACAAAACAGUAUUUAUUAGGGCUGGGCGAUAUGUCCUCAAAUCAACAUCACGAUAUAUUAAACAGUUCACCUCGGUAACGAUAAAUGGACGAUAGCUACUCCACAAGCUGCUUACCCCCCUGUCUACUUCAGCGGCUACAACUUCUGAACCGUCCUCCAUCUCCUCACCUGUCUUUCCCUCUUUGUUAUGGACUCGAUUGGGUGGAGUCACUUCUCUGAUGUAAGACAGCGUCUUAAAGGGACAUGAGACCAUAGCCUACCUACACACAUCCAAAACCAACUUUUAUUUAUUUACUUAUUUAUUUGUUUGAAACUGAAUAUAUUGACGUCUGUUAUUAUCAUACAUUUCGGCAUCGGUAAAUUUUCGGUUUAUCGCCCAGCCCUAGUAUUUAUGCAGUUAUAUGGAUUUUGUGCAAAUUCUGGCUAAAAUGACUGUAUUUCAGGGCAUCACAUUAUUAAAAAACAAAAGACCUAAAUCUUGUCUCGAUCCCACGACCUCAGACAUGCAACCCUCCUAAGCUGUGAGGUAUCAUCGGCUGCGAGAGCAUCCAGGGGUUUUCUAUGAUGUUUGCAGAUUAACAUAAAUUGUAGUGUUUUGCACGGUUGCAAUGCAAGUAUGGAAAAGUAUAAAAGUAAUUUGAUCAAUUUCCAGGUCUUAAAAAAUAUUGAAAAUGAAAAAUAAAGUAUGGAAAAGUAUAUAUGUUUCCAGAUUAUUACCAAAGUUCUUUAAUACUGUUUACUAAAAUAGAAAAGUAGGUAAUUCCAAAAAUAAUUCGAAUAAGUAAGGUAUGAAAAAGUAUGGAAAUGUGUAGUAACCCUGGUUUUGGAUUAAGAAGACUCCCCCCUGCAGUCAUUUGCACUCUAUCUGUUGUACUUCUGCGAUAUCUUGAAUGUUCGUUGGGAAAUGGCCAAAGUUGAGAGUCUGUUUCCCUUCAGUACUCCCAAUCUUGGACAUAUUUCUAUCUAAAAUGUUGAGGAAGUCUGCUGUUUAUCUCUAAUUGUGUCCUUGUUUCUCCUCCUUAGCUACCUACGCUGCAGCUGUGCUCUUCCGUAUCUCUGAGGAUAAGAACUCGGACUAUAAGAAGCGGGUCUCUGUGGAGCUCACACACUCUCUGUUCAAAAACGACCCGGCUGCCUGGGAGAUGGUGAGUGUGUGGCGCCCUCUGCUGCCAGGACACAACAACUGAACAUUAAAAUCAGUUUCUGAUCUUUAUUUUAUUAUUUUGUCGUCUCUGGUUUAACAUCACGGCAGUUUGACCUCUUUUAAACAAUGCUGAUGGAAGAUCGAGAGAAUAUUUUAAAAGCAUUUUUCAUGACAUGUUUAUAAUUUUAAGGAUAAACAAUACUUAAAAAGCUAUUAAUACUUGUCUAUAAAUCAAAGUGCUGCCUUUAAAUGACCUCUCCCCAUCUCUUGACCUCCCUGCAGGCGCACAACAGUAUACAAGCAGAGGGACCGUAUCCAGAUGGUGAGUAACUAUGUUUGAAAUGUGCAGAGACAGCACAUUCUCCAGCUUUGGGUCACUCCACCACAGAGAGCGACUGCACUCUGAACAUGCUGUAAUCGGCUAACUGGAUGUCUUUAACAUGAUUAAACAGCUAAAGUGUGUCUUUCCUUUUGUAAAAUGACACUUAAGCCUUGGUUUUAAUUUGCCGUAUUCUCUCUUAACUCUCUCUGUUGCCUCAUAACUCUUAACUUUAUACUGAACUCAGUCACCGCAGCCUUUGUCCUCUUCUCUUUUGUCUUUUGUUUCCUUUUUUCGUUCUUCUUUUUGUCUGAAAUACUUGCUCUGCGUCAGUUGACCUCCUUCUCUGUGUUUUCAUCCCUCACUUAUUUCCACUUUCCUCUUCAUCUGGCUUUUCUCCUUGUAUGGUUGUGGUAUUUUCUGUCUCCUAAGACCCUCAGAGGAAAAAGGAUCAGGGUCUUGUCUGCCUGUCUCUUGCUCUCCGUACCAAAAUAUGCCUAAAACGGGGAAAAUGUUUGAUGAUUUUCACCGGCUUAUUAUAACAGCUGUGUUCAAUUAGCCAAGUGAAAUUACAGAUAAUCUGUUUUUCCAGUGAGUAACAAGAAACAAACUAAAACAAAUAUGAUGUCUUUCAGAGCUGGAUGCUGGUUUCCAGGGUUAUGGAGGUUAUCCAGCUGAUAUGCCCAUGGACGGCAUGGACGGGGGCAUGAUGCAUGACGAAUACGCAGCGAGCAUGGCCUACGACAGACAAGCGUACCCUGAGUACUGA